AUGGUGCGCAGGAGCCGACGACGGCCGGGCAACUUUCGUCGCUCUGUAAACAGACCGUCUAGACCUCGGAAUCAAUAUUUCCCUCGAUAUCACCCCUCGGAUGAGCCUGACCGACAGUAUCACGACAGGCCACGCGAAGAGACCUUGACGUCAGCAACAAACGAGCCCAAUCACGACCACGGGACCAUGUCUUCGUUUCGCAACAACGCGAAGCCUAUUGAACACGGGCCGUCUUCCAGUAUGCAGCAUCAUCCCCCGCCGUUGGGUCACCUGCGGAGGGACAUAGACAUCAAGCACUUGGUCGAGCUGCUCUGCGACAGAAUGUACUGGUACAUGCAGCGAGAUAAACAAGACAAGAAUUUGAAGAAGAUGCAAACCGAGCUUGAACGCUGUCGAGCCCCUGAGAGCUCGAACCACCGUGAGGUCCUCAAGCUGCAGAUCGAUCAGUGGAAAAGGGAGAAGACAAAGAGCUGCGAACGACUUGGCGGCACUGACGGGAAACUGCUUACUCAUCUGGCCGCAUUUAUAAACAGACAGAAUGAAGAGCUACUGAAAACGACGCAUGGCAAUGCCUUACGGAGCGAGGAUGUCGAUGCUCGUCUAAACGCCCUCCAAAAGGCUUUGGACGAGAAGUUUAGUGCCUGCCUGGAAGAGGCAUUCACUCAAAUUGUCAAUGAAAAUCAGUUGCAGCUCCGAAAAGAAACAGAAGGACUCAAAAUUGGCCUUGAACAGGAAAGACAGAAGAGCGCCAGGCUUCAGAUGCAUAUAGAAGAGCUGGAGCAAAGGCUUGGAAGUUGGGACAAGAGGCUACCCAACUUUACAGAAGAAACUAUGGAAGAUAGGCUGCGGUCAGAUGGCAGGUUGACCGAACUCGAACGCAAGCUGAACCAGCUUUCGAAGAAGAUGGAUGAUCUCGCCUCAAACAUGAUGACCUCGCAAGCUCUGUCUAGGGAAUUGGGACGGUUUGAUACUAUUGUUUCGGCAUUUGAAAAUUCAAAAGGCGUAGAGGACGGUAGCCGGAGAACUGAAGACGAUGACCCUGGCAUGAAGACCAGGCAGCGUCUGGAAACCGUGACGGAUGAGAUGCACAUCAUGAAGCUGAGUCUGCAAUGCGAGUCUGUUGAUGGGGCACCACAGUCCAUUGCCGGUCUGCAUAGACGGCUGGACUCGUGCAUGGAAAUAGUCCACACAAACUCGAAAGAGCAAAUGUCAACCUCGGAGGCAGUCAAGGCCAUUGAAGAUGCUCUGAAACUGAAACUGUCAGCACAAACAGACGACGGCGGGCAACAUGCGCAAGCCAAGCUGGCGAGCAGGCACAAGACGGAAAUCGAGGAAAUAUUUGACCAAAAAUUUCAGCCACUAUCUGCCUCUCUAGGCGACAAGUUGAAAGGCAUGAUGCAGGAGAAGCUAACAAAGGUGGCUCACGACCUGGGGUCUUUUGUCGACAAGGAAAGAAUUGCAAGAGAAAGUGCAGCUGCUAAAGCCGACCAGUCCCUUGCCGAGGUGUCAGCGUUACGUCGGGGUAUAGACGGUCUGAGGAAUAGUAUUUCCACGUCGGUGGACAAGCUGGACCAAAAAAUUGGCGAGCAGCGCAAGCUGGGCACCUCGUGGAAUGAGAGACUAUCGUCCCUCGACAGCGGUCUGCAGCGUAUUUCAAAAGAAGCCGAGACAAAUUUCCAGAAAUUGGAGUUGCAACUACAAACUGUCAGUGCCUGGCAAGGAAACUUUACCACAAAAGACCUGUACCGAGACAUCAUCAAAGACAUAACUAAUAACCUGCCUCCGGGCCCGUUACAAAAGAUAUCCUCGCUUACGACUCGCUUGGAGACAAUUGAGGCACACUUGAAUAAUUCGAAUGGCGACGGAGUUUCGAAGAGGCGUAAGGCAGCGCAUAAAUAG